AUGACCGUCUUACCCGCCACUUCGGCAGCACCUUCGUCAGGUCGCAAAGCAACAUCUGCACCGGAGAAGAAGUACAAAUGCCAGUUUUGCAACCGCGCGUUCAGCAGAAGCGAACAUCGUAGUCGACAUGAGAGGUCGCACACCAAAGAACGACCCUUCAAGUGCCUCAAAUGUCGGAGCACAUUCGUCCGGCGUGAUCUGCUUCUGCGCCACGACCGUACCGUCCACGCGAAGGAUGGCGGCGUCCCACUGCACAGCGAAGUCAAGCGACGAGCAGCACCGAAGGGCGCAGACGGCGCCGGGCCAUCGAAGGCAUCUAUUCCUAUCGACACGGCGACGCUGGAGCAGAUAGAAGCAAGCAGUGACGGGAUGGCGAUGGCCAGCCAAGAGCCAGACUUCAUGGCCGACGGGCACGAAACCGUCAUCUCGCCGAAUGGGCCUGCGCUGCUCGAGCCCGCUGUCGGAUACGCUUCUGGAGCUGUCUCGCUGCCUCAGAUGCCCUGGGACAACCUUUUGCCACACUCAGUGACUGAGCCCAAGGCCCAUUCGAUAUCCUCGUCCAGUGUAUCCGGCUUCCAUGAUUCUUCAAUGUCCUUCGGCACUCCCAGCACCAUACACCAGCGACAGCAUCAAUUAGAAGCGACAAAAGAACGACAAGCCUCCGCCUCUGAUGUCUUACCCUCGGGUUUCCCGUCGAUGAAUAACUCUGUCACUGUCUCGGAUCUCGGCACCCCUGGUGCCCUGUCGCCCUAUCACGGGUUGCUUGGUCCAGUGUCGCCUGUGGAUUAUCGCAGGUCACCUGGCCCGUCGCAGCUUUUGACUAUGGCAAAGGCUCCUCAGAUCGAAUCUGAAGAACAAUGCGCGAGGGUGGUUAACAACAUUAAACGAUUUGAUAGCGAAGCGGCACUGCUAGACACUUUCCGGCUCCCAGGCCUUACAGUGUUGAACCGGUACUUGUCUACCUAUUUCAACUUGUUUCACCACCACCUGCCCUUCUUGCACCCAGCCUCAUUCGAUCCCGCAGAAGCAUCGGCGCCGCUUGUCCUUGCUGUACUCUCAAUAGGUGCAUUGUAUACCUUUGAGCAAGAUCAGGCUUAUAUGCUCCACAUUGGCUCUAAGGUGCUUGUCAAUCAGUUCCUACAGAACAAGGAGAAUUUCAGCUCGCGAAAGUGUCCGCUCUGGACAAUGCAGAGCACCUUACUCAACAUGAUAUUCGCGAGCUGGAGCGGUGAUCCCAAGGGACUGGAGUGGGCUUGUUCUAUCAAGAGUCUUCUUGCGAAUAUGGUUGCCGGCAACAGGUACGAGCUUAAAUUGCGAUCGGAAGCUCGCGGUGAUACGCAGCCUAGCCACGAGGAGUGGAUAGAAGACGAAGGCUGUCGGCGUACUUACUACGCUGUCUACAUCUUCUUCGGUCUUCUCACACUAACGUACAACCACACGCCCGCGAUCAGCUUCAACGAGUUCGAUUCACUUGAAUUGCCUUCUUCUGAGUCUCUGUGGAACCUUGAAGCCUCGGACGAGGAAUCCUGGAGAGAGAGUCUGACUGCAUCAACAAUCAUCACCUUCCGGGAAGCUCAUGACACGCUGUUCCAGGGCGACUCUGCGCGAUACAGCGCCUUCGCUACUCGAGUGAUGAUCAACGCGCUAUUCCUCGAGGUAUGGUACCACAAGCGAAGCCCAGAGGCGUUGCAGGAUGUCGUGACUGAGUACAAGCUCCGGCUGGCGCUCGAGACUUGGGAGAAGUCCCUUGACAUUUGCCAGCCGGAAACUGUUGUGGUUCAAUUGAGUGCUCCUCACAAAGGCCAUCCCCUUAUUUUCAACGCCAUGGCGAUGUACCGUAACACUCGGGCCCGUCUGCUUGUCGAUCUCAAAACUGUCCAAGAAGCGCUCCGGUAUCACGAUUCGUACGAGGUUGCAGCUGCGAUGACCAACGCGCGAGACAAGGUCAAACGGUCGCAAGAGAUGAUCAAGGUCAUUCAAGAAUGUUUUGAUUGUAUUGAGGUUGCCGCGUUGCAAGGCAUCCGCUGGGUGGCGCGAACUUCGGCGACCAACUGGAGCAUCGAGCACCCUUUGUGUGGAAUGGAUCUCAUGGUUAUCCUCACCCUCUGGCUCUACCGCUUGGAACAUGACGAGGAACCCGCGACUGAGGAAGAACUUGCCAUGUACAACAAGCUCAGGAACCUGUUCGACGAUGACUCCGUGGAUUCGUACGGUGCCAAGCUCAGUUCCAUCGUGGCGCGGCUCUGGGGUAGCAUGAUUGACGAGGUUGUCGUUUGGGGAAUCACCAAGCUCAUGGGAGAGGCAUUUAAGCUUCACUCUCAAGCCCUUGUCGGCUAUGAAGAUGCCUGCUCGUCGCGAUCCGGCUCCGCGACUCCAUCAAUGACACCUCAAGUGGUUCCUGCGUUGGAGAUGCAGGCGGCUUACUAA